GCCCUGGAUCACUGCCAUUCCCAUUCCCAUCCCCGUUCCCAUUCCCAUUCCCGGUUUCCCGCAGGCCCUGGAUUACUGCCACAGCAUGGGGGUGAUGCACCGGGACGUGAAGCCGCACAACGUCAUGAUCGACCACGAGCACAGGAAGCUGAGGCUGAUCGACUGGGGCCUGGCCGAGUUCUACCACCCGGGGCAGGAGUACAACGUGCGCGUGGCCUCGCGCUACUUCAAGGGCCCCGAGCUCCUCGUGGACUACCAGAUGUACGACUACAGCCUGGACAUGUGGAGCCUGGGCUGCAUGUUGGCCAGCAUGAUCUUCCGCAAGGAGCCCUUCUUCCACGGCCACGACAACUACGACCAG